AUGGAAACAGAUCAGCAAAACGUCUCGGAGGAGGAUCUUGUUGCCGUCACCAAACAAAAUACGCCACUCAAGACCUCAAUCACGGACAAAGAACCGAUCCCACUUGACCUAGCUGUCGAGAUCUGUUCAAGACUGCCUGCAAAAUCAGUCUCAAGAUUUUGCUGCGUAUCGAAGCUAUGGGCUACGAUCCCUCGCCUCCCCUAUUUCAACGAUUUGGUCUUGACAAGAUUUUUAGCUCACCCGCGGCUACUGUUCGCUUCCGGAACACGGAAUCAUAUGUUCUUCUACUCCUCACCUCAGCCUCAAAAUCACAAAAAAUCCUCUGUUUUUGCUGCUAACUAUCAUAUGAAAACUCCAUGUCAUGGCUCUUCAUAUGAAACAUGUAGCUAUGUCAGAGGUUUGGUGCUUAUUAAGGGUGAGCAGCUGUUUGGGAAGAAUAAGGUCUGGGUGAUAUGUAACCUCAGCACGGAACAAUCUGUGACCUUACUUCAUCUUAAGAAGAGGGAGAAGAUUGGUAUGAGAUGCUAUUUUGGGUAUGAGCCUAUCAAGAAACAAUACAAGGUAUUGUCCAUGACUAGGAACACUGAUGAAGAGCAUCAAGUUCUAACAUUAGGAACUAGUGGAACACUUUCAUGGAGAAGGACAAGGACUAAAUGUUGCAUACCUCAUACUCUUUAUUCUAGAUGUAACCAUGUAUGCAUAGAUGGUGUUCUGUAUUAUCCAGCGGUCAACACGGCUACAAGGCGUCGUAUAAUCGUUAUUUUUGAUCUUAGGUCGGAGAAAUUCAGAUUUGUUAAAGACCCUAUCCCUCUCAGUUUUUCACGUUAUGGUUCACCUUUGAUCAACUACAAUGGUAAAUUAGGUUUACUUCGGUAUAAAAAGGAGGGUGGUAUCUAUGGAAGCUGUACAAGCUUUAGUUUGUGGGUUCUUGAAGAUGAGGAAAAGCAUGUGUGGUCUGAGCAUGUAUAUGUAUUGCCCUCUUUCUGGAAGAAUAUGGUUGGAGGGGAGAACGCGAUUUUACGCGUUGUUGGAGUGACUCGCACGAAUGAAUUUGUGUUGACGUUUUCGUCCAUUCCAUGGAAGCCUUUCUACGUUUACUACUACAAUGCAGAGAGUAACACAAUCAGAAGUGUCAAAAUACAAGGAUUGGGAGCGUUUAAGGGUCAUUCCGUUUACACAUUUCUUGACCAUAUGGUAGUUUAA